AAAAGGCCCCUAUGAUAUUAAAUUAUAUCUUAAAUAGUGAGAACAUCAAUUUAGCUUUAAGGCCCUCUGCGAAUUCUGUGGACUAGUCCAAUGAACUUAUAUGUGAUCGAUUAUGAUCAAUAUUAGUGAGCUUGUUCUCGACCAAACUUAUUCACAAUUGUGUGUGCAAUCAAAAGAAGCUUUUCUUUAAAUCUGAUUAUUUUGAUUUAAUUGUGCCUUGGCUUCAUUUAACAAUCAUCUGACCAUUGUAUCCUAAUUCAAAGAGACGUAGACAAAGCAGAAUUGCAAGGCAUUCCGAUUUGAACAUUUUAAAGUUACUAGUUAUAUAUAUAUAUACAAUAUUUCAUACCUUUUGGUGUAUAUAUACACUAAGUUAAGGAUUCAAUAACCAAACAAACUCGUUAUUCCAAUAUAUCAUUCCUAUAUUAUAGCUGAGAACAUCCAACUUAUAACACCAGCAGCAAAGAACAACAUAUAACGUCCUUUGUGAAUCAUUGAAUGUUGUCUCUAAAAGUUGUGUGUUUCACAUAUGCUUGGCUGCGUAGCCUCUGUCUCCUGGUGAAAGUGGAGUCGACCAACUAGUUGAGAUUAUUAAGGUACUUCAACUUGGUUGAAACAUGGACUGGAUCAUUGAUCAUACGGAAUGUAGAGGCUCCAUCUCCGGCUACUGAUUGCAAUAUAUGUUUUUGAUUGUGAGUUUACAGGUUAUUGGAACGCCAACACGAGAGGAAAUCAAAUGUAUGAAUCCACACUACACCGAAUUCAAAUUCCCUCAGAUAACGGCUCAUCCUUGGCACAAAUUAAGCAAACUAAACAUCAGUAAGUUUCUCAACAUGCUCCAUAUAUUUUUGAGCCCACACCUAACUGAAAAAAAUGUUGUGUUGAUUCAAAAGAUAUUUCAUAAGCGUACACCUCCAGAAGCUAUAGACCUUGCCUCAAGAUUUCUCCAAUAUUUUCUCCAAAUAAACCUCAGGAAAAAAUUGAUAGAAGACUAACCUACUCAAAGCGUCUAUGUAUAUAAAUAAAAAAUUUGGCAUAAUCUUUUAAAUUUUUUAAAAAUAAUUAAAUAUAAAUAUAUAUGUUUCCGUCUAAAGGAAUCUUUCAUAACAAAACUCCUAAUAAUAAUAAUAAUUUAAAAGAGAAAACAACAAAAAACCCUUUAACUUACAAAUAAAAACAAUAUCAGCCAUGUUCGUUUGGUUGCCGCAGGUUUCAGCGGCAGCGGCAGCGUCAACAUUCUGCGUCAACUUUUGUUCGUUUCGUUGACGCAGGAAGCUGCGUCUGACGCCGCGUUCGAACGCUGCAUCCUGCGGCUGACGCCGAUAAAACAUGCGGUCGCGAUAUAGUAUGCGGCAGCGUUAGCGGCAGCGUCAGCGUCUGCAAAACGAACAACAAUUGUCCUCAUUGACGCUGCCGCCGCCGCUGACGCCGAAACCUGCGGCAACCAAACGAACAGGACUAUAACCUUUAAUUUCCGUUUGAGCUAUUUUAAUUUCCAAAUUUUGAAAAUUGUUCAUUUUAAAUUUCAGCUUUGACCAAACUAUUUCAGAUACAAAAAAAAGUCAAACAUUAAAAUUGAUUUAGUAUGAUUUAUUGUUAAUCGGCUUAAACAGACGUUGAAGCCGAUUUUAAAACUCAACUUUUCUUGACCUUAUUUUUGGAGCCACAUAAUAUACAACUACUGACAUAUGAUGGUAUGCAGGGUGUGUUCUUGCUGAAUUGCUCCUUGGACAGGUUCUUUGACUCUCGUCACUCUCCAAACCAUUUACCCUUUAUGAAUCCUGUAAUGAUUGUCACUAAAAUUAUGUGUAUUUACUAAUCUUUGGCCAGUUAGCCUCUCUUUCCAGUGGAGUCGAAGAUAUUUGAGCCUCAAUCUCUAUAUAAAGAUGUAUGAUCACAUAAAUAGUCUGAUUGAUUAAGUAAUGGAGUUAGCAUUGUCAAGAUUAUUACUACCGAUUAGCUUUCGUAUUUUAAUGAAUGUAUUUCUGUCGUUUAAUGUCUCUUGCCACUAUCCAACGCAAUCUGGAUGAUUGACAUUUUUUAUUAAUUUUAAAAACUUACUCAUAUAUAUAUAUAUAGAUGAUUAGUGUAUUCACGGUCUUUGACUCGCUAUAGAUCGUCUCGUGUUAGACCACCACUACUACUAAGUACUAAGUACUAACGAACUAAUGUACAUUAGGAUCCACAAAUUUGAAUUUCUCAUAUACUAUACAAAUUAAUUUCGGGACAUGGCCUUUUGGAUUAUCUGUAAUACUCUCUUAUUAUUAUUAGGUGUUUUUCUAUAUAUUUAUGAAAGAUCCCUGUAGACCGAGAAUAUAUUUAUAUUUAGUUUACUUUUUAAAACUUAAUUAUUUAUCCCAAAAUCUUUUUAUUCAUACAAAAUAAAAAGAUAUAGAAAUUGCUGACAAAAAAGAUUUUGAAAUUUUUGAUACAAAUAAUAAUUAUCACUGCUAAAUUUUCUGACCACACAAUUUUUUCAUUUUAUAUUUAAAUAUUAAUAUAAUUGAUGAGAAAUUUGUGAUCAAAAUUUUAAUGCGCCAACUGUAAAGCAAUAAUAACAACUACACUACCAUAACAGCUGUAUUCCAAUAUCUUGAUGUUUAAACAAAAAUUUCUCUUUCUUGAAAAACAAAAUUGAAUGUGCCAGCUGUAAUGAAAAAGACAGCUGGUCAUGCAAAAUGACAAAUGUAUUUCAAUGUCUAUUGAUUUUUAAACAAAAAUAAUAAUUAUUAAGGAUAUCUUUGUAAUUAACCAUUUUAACUUUAUCUCUUGAAAAAGAUAUGAAGUAGUAUUCAGUAAGCCAUAGUUAUAUCCAAACGUUAGAACACAGACAGCGGGAGCGUUUCCAUUUAUUUGGGAGAGAUCCAAGUCUUAACCCCAUCAUCAUCUUACUAACUACAACAACAAUGGUACACUACGAUUAUUUCCAUUUUGUUCAAAACGACGACUCUGCUGAGUGGAAUACAGAUGACGAUUUGUAUUUUGAGAUUGAUAACUUUCAGUCUUCUCCAAAGUCAUCAUCUCCUGUAGUCACUUCUUCAGACCACAUGUUUGCUACGCUUGUUGACAUGGGAUUUUCAGAUGACGUGAUCGAUAGAGCAAUUCAGGAAAAUGGACCAAAUGCUGAAACUUCCGCCAUUAUUGACACUAUAUCCAAGUACUCGAUGAACUGUGAACCUAGCUCUUCUAAGUCUAAGACUAUCGAUCACUUCCUUGCCAUGGGAUUUGAUGAGGAAAAAAUUAUCAAAGCCAUACAUAAACAUGGAGAAGAAAACAUGGAAGAGAUAGCAAAUGCACUCCUCUCUUCUGAAGCAGAUACAUUGCCUAUAAUGAAAGAAGAAGAUAACAUGGACUGGUCAGAUAGUGAUGAUGAGAUGAAAUACGCUGAUUUGUUGAGCUCAGACAACGAGAAAGAUCAAGACUCCUUUGAUAGCUGCAAUCCAUUGAGUUCUUUGGUGAAAAUGGGUUUCUCCGAGCUAGAAGCUUCUCUAGCUAUAGAGAGAUGUGGAGACAGUGUGAGCAUUGCAGACCUCGCGGACUUCAUUUGUGCCGCUCAUAUAGCUAGAGAAUUUGAUGAGUUUUACAUUGACCCUGAAGAACAAAAGCCUAGACAGAACAUCAAGAAAAGGAGGAAGGAGCCUAGGCCAUCCGCUAAUAACCAGCCGCUUCACCUACCAAACCCAAUGAUAGGAUUUGGUGUUCCAAAUGAGGCGGUGUUCAUCACACAUAGAUCUCUCCCAGCACUAGCUCGUGCCCCACCGUAUUUCUACUAUGAAAACGUUGCUUGUGCACCUACAGGCGUUUGGGAGACGAUCUCAAGUCAUUUGUAUGACGUUCUACCAGAGUUUGUGGACUCCAAGUUCAUAUGCGCGGCAGCGAGGAAGAGAGGCUAUGUGCACAACCUCCCCAUCAGCAACAGAUACCAGAUUCAACCUGCUCCAAAACUAACGAUUCAAGAGGCGCUUCCGCACACUAGGAAAUGGUGGCCAGCAUGGGACACAAGGACCAAACUGAACUGCAUACUUACCGUUCAUGCUAGUGCUCAGACAACAAAGAGGAUCCGCUUAGAACUUGAAGCUCAUACUGGCGAACCAUCUGAGGCGACAAAAAGGUAUGUCAUUGAGCAGUGUAGGAGGUGGAACCUUGUAUGGGUGGGGAAAAACAAAGUGGCGCCACUCGAUGCAGAUGAAAUAGAGUCUCUUCUUGGGUUUCCAAAAUAUCAUACUCGAGGUGGUGGCAUUAGUAAUACCGAUCGUUUGAAGUCACUUGGCAAUUCUUUUCAGGUGGACACAGUGGCAUAUCAUUUGUCUGUCCUAACACCCUUGUUUCCUGAUGGUAUUAAUGUUCUCUCACUGUUCACUGGUAUUGGUGGUGGAGAAGUGGCACUUCACCGUCUCAAAAUCCCGAUGAAAACAGUCAUCUCUCUGGAGAUUUCAGAAGUAAACAGAAACAUCUUGAGGGACUUUUGGGAGCAAACUAACCAAAGAGGAGUGUUGAUAGAGUUUGAAGACGUGCAAGACCUAGCUAGAGACAAAAUCAUUGAGUUGAUGAAGCGGUUUGGUGGGUUUGAUCUUGUGAUUGGAGGUAGUCCGUGCAACAACCUCGCCGGUGGUAACAGAGUAAGCAGGAGUGGUCUUGAAGGUGAACAGUCUUCGUUGUUCUUUGAGUUUUGUCGGAUUCUGGAGGUUGUUCGUGAGACGACAAUGGAGAUGAGAAGAUCUUGAUGGUGACAACAAUGGAGAUGAGAAGAUCUUGAUGAUAAAACCUAGUUUGAACUCUAUUAUUAUCGUAACACAAUAUCAUCUCGUCUGAGGAUAAGUGUGUGUUUAAUAUAAGUAGCAGGGUCUUCUUUGUUUAGGUGGUGGUCAGUUAUGAACUAUGUCGUGUGGAUGAUCAUUAAAACGUUUUUAAUAUUAGUUGUUACAUAUGAA